AGCAGAUGGGAAGUCCCGACUCGCUGUGGGCUGUCGAAGGCGGUCGCCAGGCCUUUCGCUCCCACACGGUCGGCCUCCGACCCCUAUCCCCGGGACCAGCCCGCCGCGGUUGAGCCAGAGUUUCCGCGCUCCCUACCCGAGCCGCGCUGGGAUUUUUCGGGCAGAGUUGGCGGGAGGCGCCAGAGCGGACUUCCCUCCCUGCAACAGUCUCCCCUCCAGCGGGUUCCUGUCCUGGGACGCCGGGACACCUGUGGGCUAUGUUUUAAUACCCAAAUUUGAAGAAUACACUGUAUGCCAUUCUUAUAAAACCAAGGGGAAAUCAUGAAGAAAUGUUUUAAUUAUUGAAACUACAGUUGAAAUCAUGGCUACAUCAGCAAAUUUGGAUAUUGGAGCCCAGCUGAUAGUAGAAGAGUGCCCCAGCAGUUACAGUCUAACUGGCAUGCCAGACAUUAAAAUAGAACAUCAGCUGGACUCAAAUGCAGAAGAAGGAUCAGCUCAGGGUGUUUCCAUGGGGAUGAAAUUCAUACUGCCUAACAGAUUUGAUAUGAAUGUCUGUUCUCGGUUUGUGAAGUCCUUAAAUGAAGAAGAUAGUAAAAAUAUUCAAGAUCAAGUUAACUCUGACCUGGAGGUGGCAUCUGUCCUAUUUAAAGCUGAAUGCAGUAUCCAUACAUCUCCUUCUCCGGGAAUUCAAGUAAGGCAUGUCUACACUCCCUCUACAACAAAGCACUUCUCACCCAUAAAACAGUCAACUACUUUAACCAACAAACACAGAGGAAAUGAGGUCUCAACCACACCUCUGUUAGCAAAUUCUUUGUCUGUUCACCAGUUGGCUGCUCAGGGAGAGAUGCUCUACCUGGCUGCUCGUAUUGAACAAGAAAAUGUUAUCAAUCACACGGACGACGAAGGAUUUACUCCUCUGAUGUGGGCUGCAGCACACGGGCAAAUAGCUGUGGUAGAGUUUCUACUUCAGAAUGGUGCUGAUCCCCAGCUUUUAGGAAAAGGUCGAGAAAGUGCACUGUCAUUAGCCUGUAGUAAGGGCUACACAGAUAUUGUCAAAAUGCUGCUGGAUUGUGGAGUUGAUGUAAAUGAAUAUGACUGGAAUGGAGGGACGCCUUUGCUUUACGCUGUACAUGGAAAUCAUGUGAAAUGUGUAAAAAUGCUCUUAGAAAAUGGAGCUGACCCAACAAUUGAAACCGACUCUGGAUACAAUUCUAUGGAUCUAGCUGUAGCCUUGGGCUAUAGAAGUGAACAACCUUGUAUUCUGGACUCUCCUUCAGUUUCAAAAUUUAGAAACCAAGAACAGAAAACCCAGUAACUUGGACAAUUACUAAAGUCAGUGACAGACUAAGUUUGAAGUAUUGCAUUGUAAUCUUAUUGCCCUCAGACUAUGAUUAUAUCCUAAUUAGAAAUUAUUUUAGGAAAAUGUUGGUGAUGUUAAGUUGAAUUUGAUAGUUUUUAAAAAUUUUGUAAUCAACAUGCUGUUGUCUUGAUCACAUGUGUGUUCUAGUUCAACAGGUUAUUGAGUCACAUUUACUGAAACUGCUUCAGAACAUCAAGGAGUAGACAUAGUCAUCAGAAAGUGUUGUCUGCCCUUCCGUUUACUUUUGGCCCUUAUAAAUGAUAGUUUUGUUUACUUAUAAAUUUUUACCUCAGUUGCCAUAUUGACUGAUUUUUAGUAAGUUUUAAUAAAUAUUCCUCUGAGUAAUUCACUGGUUUAUAAUAAAAUUAAUGUUGAUGCUUUUUUAUAAAUGUGUUUUACCGCAUAUUUAAAAUUAUAAAUGAGUGCUUUGUGGCAUGUAAAUUUUUAUGGUACAGAUAGUUAUCUGUGUUUGUAUCAAGUGCUGUAAUUUAACAUUUUUGGAAAUUAUUCUGCACUAUUCAUCUUCACUCUUGUAUUAACUCAUUGACUUUAUAUAGAGUUUGCUAUAAAUCCAUAGGAAAAAAAUUUGUUAUUAUUGAAUUUAAAAAUGCACAGUGUGGUUGUUUACAAAAUGAUAUUAUAAAUGAAUAAAGUACUUUUCUUCUGUUA